AUAUUUUAGACUGAAAAUGUCAAAGUGACAACAGACAACACCUCACCGCAUCCUUACCAAAACAAUGGGCAUAAUAGAUGGUGUAGAUGUUGGCAUUCUUGUAGGGAUUGGCGUUGACUUCAUAUGUUCAUAUGGUCUUUAUCGUUUGUACAAACGAGCAUUGCGGAAUGCGGUAAACAUAGAGAAUGUUGAGCAGUAUCAAAUCAGCCAAGACCUGCAUAAAAAGCUUGAAUAUAUGCCCUUCAGAACCAUACCAUAUGGAUGUGUAGAAGGAGUGGUCAGCCCUGUUGGAACCACACUGAAGAGUCAUUUCAAGGAGAACACGGAGGGAGUCAUGCAACACCACUCUCUGAUUGAACAUAAAUCAAGGAGGGUCCAAGGCAUUUGGUCUGAUGUGAAAAAUGCCAUUAGAGAUACACUGGAAGUGAUUCCAUUCUACCUCAUUCCACAUGGAAACUCGUGGUAUCCUACAAAAGUCAUGGUUACCGAACCAAACUCUGCCCACCACAUUGACAAAGAGUUGACUAUCACUCAUGAAAACUUUACUCAGUCUCAGUCGAGUGUAUUUAAAAAAGGAAUGGAACUUGUCAGUGGGGAGGUGACCAAGGGUUACCAAGAAUCAGAGAAAAUGUUAAUAGUCGGCACACACCUUCUGGCUAUUGGUAAACUUGUAAAAGAGGGAAGUGAAAUUAAGAUGAAGCCACCAUCUGAUGAAUAUAAGUACAUCAUCUCCAGAAAAACCAAGGAUGAGUUAGCUAGACUGCUCAGAAACAAGGCCACAUUGUUAAAGGUCUUUUUAGGGAUAUUUGGAGCAGUUGGAGUUGCUCUUAUUUGUUACUUUGUCCGUAGAUUUUACAGAAAACUUAGAAAUCAAGAGGAGGAGGAAAGAUUUAGGAGAGAUCUUAGGAAGAAACGAGAGCUAGAGGAACAAAGGCGUGCUAGAGCUGCACACAGAUCAAAUCCAGGCAGUCUGUCCUCCAGUGAAUUGUCUGAUAGCAAUAAAUGUGUUAUCUGUCUUAACAAUGAACGAGAGGUUGUACUAUUAGAUUGUGGACAUGUUUGUCUGUGUGGAGACUGUGCAUAUGUAUUACCUGAACCAAGAUUAUGCCCUAUAUGUCGUAGUAAAGUAGUGAGAUUUGUUACAACUUACACUCCCUGAUUAUACUGUCUAAAAAAUUAGAUAUCUAUUUUAGCUCUGAUUUGCUGAUCAAAGUUUAUAUUUUUGUAUAUUAAAUUAUUAAUCUAGUGUAUGAGACAGA